AUGGGCAAUUUGCCUAAAUAUCGCGUUACACCGCAGUCACCUUUCUUUAUAUGCGGAGUAGAUUACGGAGGUCCUAUCUUAUUAAGAGAUCGUCAAACAAGAGGAUACAAAAAAUUUAAGGCUUACAUAUGUUUGUUCGUGUGCCUUGUUACAAAAGCAAUACAUAUCGAAUUAGUAUCUGAUUUAACUACGAAUAGUUUUUUAGCCACUUUUAAACGAUUUAUGGCGCGACGCGGAAAACCUCGCGAAAUCUAUUCCGAUAAUGGAACAAAUUUUAUAGGCGCAGCAUCAGGAUUAAAGGAGCUUUAUAAAUUUUUGCAAACAAAAUCAAAUCAAAAUAAGAUUGUUAAUGAUAUGACCAACGAAGGCGUGUCAUGGAAGCACAUUCCACCAAACUCUCCUCAUUUUGGAGGAAUUUGGGAGGCGGGCAUAAAGUCGUGCAAGGCUCAUUUAAAGCGAGUAUUGGGUAAUGCUAUUUUAACUUUUGAAGAUUUUUAUACGGUUUUGACACAGAUCGAAGCAAUAUUAAACUCGAGACCAAUCUCUCCCUUAAGCUCCGAUCCCAAUGACUAUGAUCCCUUAACUCCUGGUCACUUUCUUAUUGGAAAAUCCUUAACAUCUACUCCCGAUCCAUCAGUGCUUGAAACCCUUGAUAACAGGCUUUCUCGGUAUCAACGACUACAGAAACUUGUGCAACAUUUUUGGAAGCGUUGGCACAAAGAAUACGUAUCGGAGCUGCAGGCAAGAACAAAAUGGCAAGUUCAACCAUCGCAAUCAGCUGAGGUAGGCGAUAUGGUAGUGGUCAGAGAAGACAAUUUACCUCCACUACACUGGCGAUUGGGGCGUAUUCUUGACACACAUCCAGGAGAUGAUGGACUUGUGCGUGUUGUGACAAUCAAGACACAAAAUGGUGUACUCAAACGUGCAAUUAAUCGAGUUUGUGUGUUACCAAAACAAUAG